UCUCACUCUCGUUAUUUCUGUCUGUCUCACAGGGACCUGCUGGGAGCUGACUUCACAGAGACCCACUACACUGAAGAUGGGCAGCCAGUGACUGUGGCCACCAAUUACACUGAUCACUGCUUCUACCAUGGGCGUGUGAGGGGACACACAGACUCCUGGGUCGCCCUCAGUACCUGUGCAGGAGUGAGGGGCCUGAUAUCCUUGAACUCGAACGACACGUACUACCUUGAGCCAAUUGGAGGGCUGGAUUCUUUCCACCACUUGCUGUCCAGCGCAGAGCAGCUCCCUGGCACGGGCGGGACCUGCGGUCACGGUCACCAGACGGGACGCCCUCGCGACCUCAUCUCCAGCCUUCUCAAGCCUUUGCAUCAAAGGGUUAGGAGGAACGCCUGGGGAACCACCAAGUACAUGGAGCUCUAUAUUGUUGCAGACAGCACACUGUAUAAACGACAGAAUAAGGACUAUAAGAAGACCAAACUGAGGAUAAUGGAAAUUGCCAAUUAUGUGGAUAAGUUCUACAGGGCUCUGAACAUCCGGGUGCCUCUGAUUGGUCUGGAGGUGUGGACAGAACGGGACCAGUGUAUCGUGAGCGAGGAGCCCAACGCCACCCUCUGGUCCUUCCUGCAGUGGAGGCAGAAGCUCAAGUCUCGCAAGAAGCAUGACAAUGCCCAGCUGCUGACGGGUGUGAUAUUCAAAGGAACAACCAUCGGGAUGGCUCCAUUGGAAGGCAUGUGCAGCCUGGAAAACUCUGGAGGCAUCAAUGUGGACCAUUCGGAUUUGCCAAUUGGUGCAGCUGCUACGAUGGCCCAUGAGAUUGGCCACAACUUUGGCAUGAGCCACGAUCACGAGGGCUGCUGUGUGGAGGCCUCCGCCGAGCAGGGCGGCUGUGUCAUGGCCGCCGCAACAGGGCAUCCGUUUCCACGGGUGUUCAGCCGCUGUAGCAAGCGGGACCUUGACAGCUACUUCCAGAAGGGAGGGGGGAUGUGCCUCUUCAACAUGCCCAACAUGAAGGACCUGGUGGGGGGCAAGCGCUGCGGCAACGGCUUUGUGGAAGACGGAGAGGAGUGCGACUGCGGUGAGCCGGAGGAGUGUACCAACAACUGCUGCAAUGCCAACAACUGCACCCUGAAGGAAGAGGCAGAGUGUGCUCACGGUGUCUGCUGCAAGGACUGUAAAUUGAAGCAGGCAGGUACCAUGUGUCGUGGGCCGGCGGGGGCGUGCGACCUGCCAGAGUACUGCACGGGUGGCUCUCCCUACUGCCCCGCUAACGUUUAUCUGCUGGACGGCUCGUCCUGUCAGUAUGGGCUGGCUUACUGCUACAACGGCAUGUGCCUCACUCACGAGCAGCAAUGCCUACAACUAUGGGGCUAUGGUGCCAGUCCUGCCCACGAUGCCUGCUUCCAGGACGUCAACGCAGCCGGGAAUGCGUUUGGAAACUGUGGCAAGGACUCUCAAGGCAACUAUAUGAAGUGUGAGAAAAGCGAUGCCAAGUGCGGCAAGAUCCAGUGCCAAAGUGCCGCCAAGAAGCCCAAGGGCACCAACGCCGUGUCCAUCGACACCACCAUCCGUACGGACGGCAUGGAGGUGAAGUGCCGGGGCACCUACGUCUACACCACCCAGGACGGCCAGGGGGACCUCCCCGACCCGGGCCUGGUCAUGACCGGCACCAAGUGUGACGAGGGCAAGGUGUGCCGAGACCGUCGCUGCCAAAAUGCCUCCUUCAUACAACUGGAGAGCUGCAUUGCUCGCUGUCACAGGCAUGGGGUGUGUAACAGCAAUGGAAACUGUCACUGUAGUCGUGGGUGGGCUCCACCCUUCUGUGAAAAGCCAGGGUUGGGAGGCAGUGUGGACAGUGGGCCUGUCCAGUACGACAGUCAGGUGGGCUUGGUGGUGGGUCUGCUGUUUGCCUUCCUGGUCCUGCUUCCUGGAGUUCUAUUGGUUUUCUACUGCUACAAGAUUAAGUCCUCCUGGUACCACAAGUGGCUCUCCCAGAGGGAGAAGAACAAGGCUAACAGGCUGGAGAGCUCUGCCGAGAAGGGAAAGAACGGACAUCUCAACCCUGCCUUCCACCUCAAGGUGGUCGGGCCAGCAAACAAACCUCACAGUCACAAGGGGCUCCCUCACACCAGUAAAGAGGUCCUCCCUCUACGCCCCGGCCCCAUCCCCAACGGCACGCAGCCGGUCAACAUUGUGCGUCCCCUGAGGCCCGCCCCUUCGCCGCGCGGCACGCCGCGGGACUUCAAGGUGCCCCGCCCGCCGUUGCCCGUCAGCAGGCCGCCCUCGGCCCCGCCCAAAUCCCCCGCCACGCCUCGGAAACUGACUCCGCCCAAGAAGCCGCUCCCCCUCAACCCGACACGCUCGCCACUGCUGGUUUCAGAGCUCCAGCCCAGACACUCUCCCUCCCCGCCUCAGAGGCCCCUCCCUCUCAGCCCCCCCCGAGGAGUCCUGCCCAUGAGCCCGGCACGAGGGGCGGGGCUUGCCAAACCCUCCAAUGGGCUGCUAGUGAUGAUGCCUCCCACAGUGGGACCCAAGCCAGUGGGCAAGGUCACGGCUAUCCCCCCUCUCAAAGCACUCAGACCAGUCCCUGGAGUGAAACCAAACACAGCCUCGUCACCUUUCCGAAAAUGACCCCGGGGGAGUCUCAGCCAAUGAAGAGGCACCAGCAGUGUCCCGUCAGCCUAUCAGGCGGCAGCAGCGCAUCAGUCAGCCUAUUUGCACUAAAGAGAGACCCUGAUGGAGAGGCUGGUAUGAGGGGAGGUGGAGGGGAACAGAAGGAGAGGUGGUGGUGGGUGUAAGGGGGUGGUUGGGGUAACGCAUACCUCUGUCCUACAACCAACCGGGGGUCAGCCCUGUCCGUCUUGAAACAAACAACCUCGACCCCGUCCAGAGUGCGAUCCGGUCAUGACGAGGUUUUGCACGACAUGGAUUUGCAGACUGAAUCAAAUGUUACAGCAUAGCUGGGGGGCGGGGCGGGGGGGUCACUUUGCCAAAAUCUUGAUUUGAGUUUUUAUUGUUUGUCAAUCUUGUUUACGCACGCUGUUUAUAGAACGCUAGCAUUUUUCUUUAUUAUUGUCGUUUUUUUUAUUUUUUUUUAUUUUUUUUGAAAAGUUUAUGUCAUGUGCCAAAGAGGUCUCAUCAACCCAGGGGUGUGUUCAGAAUGAGAAUAAAUGUUUUAAAGAUCUUUUUAAUUAUGUAUGACAGUAUGAAUGCGAUACGUUGAAUUACUUAAAACGUUUUACGUUUUAAAUAUGGUAUGUUUACUUUUGCACAGAGUGAUAGAUUAACAAGUUUUAAUCUCUAAAGAAAAGGCACCAUCGCAGGUAGUAAUCUGAAAUCUGUGUUAAAAACAUUUUCUUCAAAGCUGUUUACAAUGUAGAGCGCUUAGUCAACGCUGAAUCCUGAAUGCACCCCUGGCUCUUCAUGUUCAUUUGAUUUGAAUGUUUCUUUCUGUGUGUACGACUUUUAAAUUGUUACAUAAAAAACACACAUUUUA